CCGCUCGCUUCCGCUUGGGGCGGGGCUAGCGGGCGGGGGCCGCCCGGCAGCGGCUACGGAGGUCGGCGCCCCCGGCCCAUCCCCAUGGAGUCGGGGGUGCGCCGCGGCCCGGCCACCGCGGGGGGACCGGCCACCGCGGGGGGACCGGCCUCGGCGACCCCGACGCCAAGGCACGAAUUGGGGGCCGGGGCUGAGGCGCGGGCUCGCGGCGCCGCUGCCGUCGGAGCCCGCCGCUUCCUGCUCUGUCUUUACCUGGUGGGCUUCUUGGAUUUGUUCGGUGUCAGCAUGGUCGUCCCUUUACUGAGCCUUCAUGUCAAGUCUCUUGGAGCAAGUCCAACAGUUGCUGGAAUAGUAGGCUCCUCCUAUGGCAUUCUGCAGCUCUUUUCCAGCACACUGGUGGGCUGCUGGAGUGAUGUGGUUGGAAGACGGUCUUCCUUGCUGGUGUGCAUUCUGUUCAGCGCCCUCGGUUAUCUGAUUCUUGGAGCAUCUACCAAUGUGUUCCUGUUUGCCCUGGCUAGAGUCCCUGUGGGUAUUUUUAAACAUACCCUCUCCAUCUCAAGGGCUCUGCUUUCUGAUCUGGUUGCAGAGAAAGAACGGCCACUAGUAAUUGGACAAUUCAAUGCGGCAUCUAGUGUGGGCUUCAUCUUGGGCCCCAUGGUUGGUGGAUAUCUUACGGAACUAGAAGGUGGAUUUUAUCUGACAGCCUUCAUCUGUUUCUCUGUCUUCAUCCUCAAUGCUGGUCUGGUUUGGCUGUUUCCCUGGUGCGAAGCGAAGCUCUCCAGUGCAGAGAAAGGCCAGCCAGCGAGGAGGAACUCUGCACCCUGGGGAAGGAGAGAUGGUCACGGGCAGGAAACCGCCACCCCUCCCGGGAGCACAGUCCGCACCAGACCUGCCAGGCCGCCCUGGCUGGAGUUCGCGUCCACACUGCGGGACAUGAAGAGCCUGAUAUUUUCCGAGAUGUGGGACAUCUUCGCCGUGCGCUUGCUGAUGGCAGUGGCGGUCAUGCUCUACUACAGUAACUUCGUGCUGGCGUUGGAGGAGCGCUUCGGGGUGCGGCCGCGGGCGGCCGGCUACCUCAUCAGCUAUGGCAGCGCGCUGGGCGCCCUGGCCGGCCUGGCGCUGGGGCCCCUGCUGCGGCUGUACCGGCACGACGGCCACGCCCUCCUGCUGCACUCGAGCGCGCUCACCUGCCUGCUGCUGCUGCUGCACGCCUCCGCCCGCUCCGUGCCCGUGGCCGUGCUCUGCUCCUCGCUUCUGGCCGUGUCCACCGCCGUGGGCAGGACCUGCAUCACCGACCUGCAGCUGGCCGCGGGCGGGGCGCAGGCCAGCGGCACGGUCAUCGGCGUGGGGCAGUCCGUGACCGCCGUGGGCCGGAUCAUCGCCCCGCUCCUCUCCGGGCUAGCGCAGGAGGUGAGCCCAUGUGGGCCCCCCAGCCUGGGGGCUGUCUUGGCCCUCGUGGCGAUUUUCCUAAUGUCACUCAACAGAACCCGCUAUGGUGGUGCCGGUGGUGGGAGUGACAAAUUAAAACGUGAGUAGAGUGGAACUGGAUAGAAGAAACCAACUCUGAGGCCAUGAGGAAGGGACAGCGGCCAGGAAGGGUGGUUCCCCAGCAGGUGUGCUUUGUUGGGAGACUCCCAGGUCCAGCCUGCAGGGUGAUCAGAAGUCAGAGCCUUGUCAAAGGGGAAAGUAUUAAAUCUUAUGUAGAAGUCUCCUCUUCAAACCCUGCCAGUGGGGUUCAGAUUUUCCAGGGGGAAACACUACCAGCUUCAGGACGGGAAGGUGGUGGUGAGAUAACAGAAGGUGAUAGGCGCCCCGCUAAGUAAAAACAGGGUAACCCAUUAACAAAGUGAUCCGCUGGGACACAGGCUUCGUGUCACACUGUGUAAACCAAGGGUUUUUGUGCUAUCAGAAGCCUAGAGAUUGAAUAAGCCGCUUUAUUGAAAUUAGCCUGUACCUUUCUCAAGUCCUAACAAGGUUCUACCUGGGAGGCUGGGGAAAGAUCACACGGCUGCCUCAGCCCCCAGACACUGGUUCUGGGGGCCCAGGGGAGGCCCAGAAACCUGUAUUUAAUAAGCAACACUUACACUUCCUCAUGGAGGUAGAAGAAGGAUCAUUCAGAGACAUACAGGUUUGGAUUCAAGUCAAAGCCAGAGACUUGGUUGUGUUUAUUGAUAGCUAACUCAGUUUGAAGUAUUAAGAUUAUGUGAUCCCGAAACAUUACCUUCUCCCUAGAUCUUGGCAGUCACGCUCUGUAAUAGGAGAAGCAGAUUCAUGGAGCCUGUCCCCUGUGUCUAUUGCUUCGGAGGCCCUGUGCUCUGCAGAGAGCUGAGGUUGUCAGUGUGGCUAGUUCUCCCUGGAUAUCAGGCAUGAACUGCUCCCGGAAGCCAGGGCUCCCUUAGGCUGCAUGGGUUGGAUGAUGGUAGAGCACAGUGGAGAAGACAAAGUACAGGAAUGCCUUUAAGAGGAGCAUCUCAUGCAGGUAAGAGAGUCAGGUGCCAUGCCUCAUGAGACAGACUUAACUACAGUGUCUUAUGUUGAAAGUCAUUUCUUUUCUCUCACUUUAAUAUCAUACCUGAGAACAAAAGAGCUACACACUGAUCUACAGGGAAAUGCCUUUUCCUAGGCCUAGGCUUAAUGGUCAUUACAAAAGUAGCAUGCCAGGGUCCAACUGGUAGGCUCAGAGUGAAGGUUAGCACAAAAACACAGGGAAGCAUUUGUGUGAUUCUUGCUACUUGGAUAAUGUCACCUGUUAAUAAUAAUUAUAUUGGAGCCCCCUCUCGUUUCCUCAUGCAAACUCCCGAAGUUCACAUUCCUCUCAUUCUUUUUCAUUGGUCCACUGGGAAAUUACUCUUGUUUUCAACCAACACACGUGUAAUUGUAAAUGUAUUGUAUGAAAGCAGAAAAAAAAAAGUUUCUCUAGUUUUAGAAGUUGUGUAUGGGUUAAACCCAAAUGUUUAAGAUAAUUAAUUGGAUGUCUGAAGAUUGUCCUUUCUCCUAUCUAGCUACAAGGAAAAUACUAACUUUUUAUGAAGUGUUGUGAUUGUGAAGUGCUAAGUGCUUUUGAGGAAAGCAAAAUACAAUACAAAAUGGUGUGGCCCUUAAGGAGCACACCAAAUUGGCAUAGAGCUUAGACUCAAAGG